AUGCAUCCCUGGAACAAAGAAUGUGAUGAGGCAUUCAAGAGAUUGAAGCAACACCUGGCCAGUCCACCCCUGCUGAAGCGACCAGAGAAAGGGCAUGUCCUUUGCACAUAUCUAGUAGUCUCCCCACAUGCUAUAUCUGUCGUCUUGGUAAAAGAGGAGGGGAUCACCCAACAUCCUGUGUACUAUGCAGGCGAAGGCCUAGGAAUACAUUUACUGAGUCCUAUCAACCAAAAGGGGUACUACAUGGCAACACUGACAUUCAAAGUAACAAACAACGAAGUUGAGUUUGAUGAACUCGUAGUGGGAAUUCAGGUGUUGGUCCUUAUGGAAUCUAAAUGCAAAGAUAACUUAGAAGCAUACUCAACAGAGCUGAAAGAUCUGGCCAUGAAAAUCCUAGAUCAAAUGGCAAAAGCUCUGAGAAUGGAAAGUAGUGACAUGAGGUGCAUAUUUGAAGAAGGGAUACAGACAAUGAGGAUGAACUACUAUCCUCCAUGUCCACAACCAGAGCUUGCCAUUUGCAUAAACGCUCACUCCGAUGCUGGAGGCCUUACAAUCCUCCUCCAACUCAAUGAAAUGCAAGGUCUCCAGUGA